GCCGUCAGAUCGGCGAGACGUGCCGUGCGGGCCAUGGUCGCGAGAACCGAUGACAUGUUCGGGUGUUACGGCGACAGUUACUCGUAUCGCCUGUGGAGCCUGGCCAACGUGUGGGGCUGCCGCUGUGAGUAGCGCGUAGGUCUAAGCGGUGUGUUCUGUGUGCUCGUGUCUUCCGAUGAAAGUGCACAGCUCGCUUAUGGGAGUUGGCGGUUGGUACGAAAGCUUUGCGGCCGGUUGGCUUGCGGACAUGAGGAGUAAGAAGGUCCCCACUUCGACCACCUCGGCCAGGCGGCUCGCUGCCUUCAUGGGUCCCCUGGCGGGUAGUGGCCCUGAGGUUAAGCCCGAGGAGGAGGAGGAGCGGGGCGGGUCCCCGCUGGGCCCAGGAGGGCCGUUUAGCUGCAGCCAGUGCCGCGGCGCGUACCCCACGAGGGACCAGCUAGAGAAGCACGAGACGCUGCACUCGCCGAGCACUCAGGUGGAUACCCUCAGAUAUACCUGCAAGAUCUGCCACAAGAGUUUCGCGAAUGUGUACCGGCUCCAACGGCACAUGCUGAGUCACGACGAAAGCGCCAAUCUACGCAAGUUCAAGUGCAAUGACUGUGACAAGGCCUUUAAAUUCAAGCAUCAUCUCAAGGAACACUUGAGGAUCCAUAGCGGAGAGAAACCUUUCGAAUGUGCCAAUUGCGGAAAAAAGUUUUCUCAUUCCGGCUCUUACUCUUCACACAUGACAUCUAAGAAAUGCCUAGUCAUGAAUUUAAAAAUGGGAAGAAUUAAACCGAAUAACCCCGCCCUGAAUCCUGACCGUAGCCCGUCGAGGAAACGUGCGAAUGCAAUGGUCGCGUCUCAAUUAAAACAUAACAUGGCGCCAAACGGAUUCUUACCAAUAUUGCCAAAGUACAAUGAAGCAUUUUUUGCAUCCAUGUCUGCACAGGAUCCAAACUAUCACAGACCGCCUCUAACUCAACCAGGAUUAAAUCCCUUCUACAUGCCACCCGGAAUGCCAAUGAGCCCCGAGUCAGGAAUCACUCCCUACAGCUUUCCUGCGUCACUAAGCCAAUUGUUCCAACAACUAGCUACACAGCAGUACCAACAACGGAAAAUAGAGAGUCCUGAUCCAAAACAGAUGAGUCAUUCAUCACAGAACAUAGAUGAUCUGAUAGAAGAAAUUCCCGAAGAAGACGAUAAACAUUCUGAAGGCAGUGCCGAACUCGUGAUGGAUAUAGAAGAAGAAGAAGCUGUUGCGGUAAAAAAGGAACAUGAAAAUGAAGAUCUAAGAAUACCAUUUCGUAAUUAUGACUCCGUCCCUUCAAAUAACAACGGCUCUUCACUUGAAAAUAAUAAUGGAUAUAAUUUAAUAUUAGAUUCGGUUAAUAAAAAAUAUUUUAGAGCUAAUAUGGAAACAUUAUCACCUAUUUCUGGCAAUGUUUGUCCAAGUAUAGACUCACCGCCGACACAACACAUUGUCGUCAAAGAUGAACCUAACGACAGUCAGAAUUGUAGUAAGUGUAACUUGACAUUUGAAAACAAGAAUGAUUUAAUAGAGCAUGAGAAGUUACUGUGUGGAAACGUUUUUCGAAAACAUGAGGGUUUGGCUGCACAAGUUGCCGAAACCGUAGCAUUAAAUAGGUUAGAAGCAGAAAUUAGAACAUCGAUGCAGAGUGGUAUUAGUGCUAGCGAAGACGAGGAGUUUGGAAAGGACGACCGCGAUGAUAAGUCUGUUCAUGAUAAUGACAGGAAAAUAAGAGUAAGGACGGCACUAAAUGAGGAACAACAGAUAAUACUAAGAGCACACUAUGCGUUUAAUAAGCGACCAAACAGAGAUCAGUGUAAGAAAAUUGCUUACAAGAUAGGUCUGGACAAUAGAGUUGUGCAAGUGUGGUUUCAGAAUUUUCGAGCGAGGGAAAGACGAAUGAGUUUAACAGCAACUCCUUCAGAUCAACCCCUUGAUUUGUCAACCAGGAAAUCAAAUAUAUCCGUCACCUCUAGUCCGUCACCGUCCCCUACAUGUAGUAUAUCGGUAACGCAUUCGGACUCCGAAGAAGCGGUUAAUUUGAGCCAAAAAUCUUCCAGGAGUACAACACCAUACCGCACCACUUACGUUAACCCUUACCCACAUUCCAAUUGCUCAUCCUCCUCUCACACCGACUUCAGAUUGUCACCGUCUCCGGGAGAAACUAUUACUGCCCAAAAACGAUCUUUGCAAAAAGUGGCAGUAAAUCCUUUAAUACCAAUGGAUAAACUUCUCCAGUACAACGAUAUCGCUAAUGGCCGACCGUCCAUGUUGAACAUGCAUAUAAUGACAGACCAUCGACAGAGUGCAAGCCCCUCGUACGAACGUUCCACUUGGAAUGAAGAGGUCCAAGCCCAGCAUGACUUUGAUGAUGAAUCCAAUUUACUUAAGAAAAGCAAAUUAAAGGGAAAUGAUAUUAAAGAAGGAGAGGGACAGUUUGUCUGUGAUCAGUGUGACAAGACCUUCGUCAAGCAAAGUUCAUUAGCUCGACACAAAUAUGAACACUCAGGUCAGCGGCCAUAUAAAUGUGCCGAGUGCCCGAAAGCAUUCAAGCACAAGCACCAUUUGACGGAGCACAAGAGAUUGCACACCGGGGAGAAGCCGUUUCAGUGCUGCAAGUGCCUCAAGAAGUUCUCCCACUCCGGCUCCUACAGUCAGCACAUGAAUCAUCGGUUCGCCAUUUGCAAGCCUUAUCGAGACUAAUCAAAACAUGCUUUUUGAGUUCCGAGUAAGAACGUUGAUAAGAUGCCUUCGGCUUUAUAUACAACACAUUUCGUGUAUGAAUCCACCAAAGAUGGUCACACUAAAAAGUGUGAUAAUAUGAGCUUGUGCCAAAGGACUAACCAAAGAUAAUGUAAAGAAGUGCCAUAGAUUUAGAAUCAAAGUUUAUUUAGCAGAAAAAUACUAGCUAUUAUACUUUACUUUGCAAAUAUAUUAAUUAGCUGAUAAUAUUGUAAAUAAGUAUUUGCUCAAUGCCAUUUUCUUUUAAAUGUAACGAACGUGCCAAAAUACUUAAUCGAGUAUCGAUUGUUGACUUUAAACUGGUACCUGGUUUUAGUAUGUGUAUCAAAAUACUCCAACUUGGUAGGCGUAAAUGCUUACUAUUCGACGUGUGAGAUUUUCUGUUGAAUAUUAUCUUUUUAAUGAAUUACAGACAAACUAAAAGUGCUCGUAUAUCCAUUUGGCAUACUCAAUGUAAAAAAAUAUGUAAAUUAUAAUGAAUAUUGCUUUUAAGUAAAUAUAAACGUCUCAGAGUUUUAAAUUAGCUUAGCCUAAAGCAUUCCAGAAUUGAAACUUGGAUGGGAUCUCUACCGUGUUUGUAUGUUCCUUCUUUUUAUUCAAUAAUAUGCUAGGACUAUAGAUCUAAACAAAUGUUUGUAGCUAAAGGCUUUCAUGUAAGUAGUUUUUUGCUUAACCUCCUAUACCUUCACUUAGCUAGAAGUGUGACGUAAAAUAGCGCACGAUUACAAUGAAUGUUAUGACAAUAAAUAAUUAACAACCAUUUAUUGGAUGCAAUAAGUAAUAAAUGCUUUAUAUUUAAGGUCUGCUUAAACUACUUUGGGUAGGAAAUCUAUGUAUAAAUCGUUGAUAGCAUAAUUUUUGGUAUAAGAAUUAGAUAAGUAUAAGUAAUGUUUCUUAAAACAAUUCUUUUUCGGAUAAUAGUUUUCAGAAGAUCGUCACACUUUUCAUAACUACUAAUUGCAGAAGGUACUUUCAAAAUUUCUAAUUUGAUUUUGAAAAUGUCCGUUAACCUAAUAUUAUAUGAACACAGAGUUCCUAAGCUCAUUUUAGAUAAGGACUACACUGUAAGAAGUGAUUACUUAAGUAAGCCAACUUAGCAUUGUGAAAGGUUUCCAAGCAACGAAUUAUUGUAAUUUGUACAAGCGCUAUAACUUGUACUUUAUCAUUAAAAUAAAGAUUUCCAGCCAACUGUAACUUUCAUAGCGAUACCGAAAUCAAUACUAAGUUUUCUCGCGACUAACGUAUCGCUUAUGUCGCAAGUUUGGGAUUGUGAGAUAUCAAAUCUCAAUAUUGAUGUAGUAAAAGAUCUCUCUAUUGAGAGUUAUAGAGUACCCGUUAAGUAAUAAAUAACUUGAUUCGCCACCGCAGCGACCGCACUAAAUAAACAUCUCAUACGCGGGACUGAAUAUUGCAUUUUAAAUUACGUAGAUAUUAUACAUUGUUCUUAUUUAAUGUAAUAAAAAUUAUUUCAUUAUUACUCGUGAUAAAUAUAGUUACGUCUCACGGCGGACGUUUAAGAGUAGGUAGUUGAUAUAUUUAUUUGUGGUAUGUGUAUAAUGCUAAGUCGAAACCGACAUGGUGGGCUAGGAAAACCAAAGAUUAAUUAACUCGUAUAAGGCGCGGGCAUCUGUACAUAAAACCGUCGUCGUUAGAUGUAGAUUAGCAAACAACUAAUACAUAAUAUAAUAACUAGACGUUAAUCAAGAGAAUACUUUUAUUUUUAUUGUGAAACAUUCGUGCAUUCUGUAAAAAGUUAAUAUGUACCUAUAUUGUGUUGAAAUAUAAUAUUGCAGAGGAGUGCUUAUGUCUUUUAUAUAGAAUAAGAAUAAUGUUAUAGCAGGACUUACUGUAUAUGCCUAAUGUGUUUGUUGAGAAGGGCAUCGCGGAGCACAUGUUGAACCGAUGUCAGAAUUGUUAAACUUACCCAUAGAUUAACAAGUGUUAAAAUAUUGCUGAUAUAAAUUCAUUUUAAUUGAUAUUAUUACAAUGUAUAUUGAAUUUAUGAAUAUUAAAAAUAUAAUAAUAUAUUAAUAUAUAUUGACGAUUCCUCACAAAAUGUAUUUUAUUUAAGUAAAAAUAAAAACUUUCCGCAUUCGCUGAAAUAUUAUAUUAGGCAUUUUACCUCCUUUCCUAAUGGACAUGUGGAAACAAACAGACGAGUAAACCUAUGCAUGGAACUAAUUUUGAUGAAAUUGAAAGAAGUUCUGAAAUCCGACCUUAGCUUAACUAUAAAAAUAAAAUGGAUAAAUAUAAAAAUAAUAGGAUGCCAAACGUGGAAUUUGAAUAAGGCGUUAAUAAAUAAGAUUCGAGUAUGCCAAAGGGCUAUGGAGCACUCGAUUUUUCAAUUGAAGCUAAAAGACAAGGUAAAACACGACGUGAUACGAAGCCGUACAAAUAUAAAAGACGUAACAUAUGUAUACAAAAAAGUUAAAAUGGAAAUGGGCUGGUCACAUUGGCCGCAUUUGUUGUAGUUGUAGUGGAUGGUGUGUGGAUCAGAAAGGCCAACCAAAAACAUGGGAAGAUGAAAUACAAAGGAUAGCGGGAAAAAUUGUCACAAGGAAUAGCGACAAGUGGAAGAAUUUGGAGGAGGCCUUCACUCGUCGGAGGUCGAUUGUGCUAGUGACAACAUAAAUGACUUGGACUAACAUUAGUGUACUUGAAUAAAGGUUAUUUUGUAUAUA